UCUCCCGGCGGAGGGACGCACGGGCACCCGGGCCCCAGGGCCGCCCACCGGGGCCCUUCCCCGCCGCCGGGGCGCGGCGGCCCCGCCCAGGCCAGGCCGGGGCUGGGGCCCGUUCCCACAGGGAUUGCGACCGGGGCGGCUGCGAGGCGGGAGCAGGGCCAGGCCGGGCAGCCGCGGCGCCGUGCUUGACAAAGACCCAUCGUUGAGUGGGGCUCUAGUGCAAUCUGUUUGAGCCAGUACUCCAUAAGCGACAUUUUCAAACUAUGUGAAGAUCCGUUUUAAGAUUUAUUCCUCCAUGAUGGAGAAGUAUGAAAAAAUUGGGAAAAUUGGCGAAGGAUCCUAUGGAGUUGUUUUCAAAUGCAGAAACAGGGACACGGGUCAGAUUGUAGCCAUCAAGAGAUUUCUGGAAUCAGAGGAUGACCCUGUCAUAAAGAAAAUCGCCCUUCGAGAAAUCCGCUUGCUCAAGCAACUCAAGCAUCCGAACCUCGUGAACCUUAUCGAAGUCUUCAGAAGGAAACGGAAGCUUCACCUGGUGUUUGAGUACUGUGACCACACGGUUCUCCACGAGUUGGACAGACACCAAAGGGGGGUACCAGAACAUCUUGUGAAGAGCAUAACUUGGCAGACAUUGCAAGCUGUAAAUUUUUGCCAUAAACACGAUUGCAUACAUAGAGAUGUGAAGCCAGAAAAUAUCCUCAUCACAAAACAUUCAGUGAUUAAGCUCUGUGACUUUGGAUUUGCUCGGCUUUUGACUGGACCAAGUGACUACUACACAGAAUAUGUGGCCACCAGGUGGUACCGCUCCCCAGAACUCUUGGUGGGGGACACGCAGUAUGGCCCCCCAGUAGAUGUUUGGGCAGUUGGCUGUGUCUUUGCUGAGCUGCUGUCAGGGGUGCCUCUGUGGCCAGGAAAAUCAGAUGUGGAUCAGCUCUAUCUGAUUAGGAAGACCUUGGGAGAUCUCAUUCCUAGGCACCAACAAAUAUUUAGCACGAAUCAGUACUUCAGUGGGGUGAAAAUUCCAGACCCUGAAGAUAUGGAACCACUGGAAUUAAAAUUUCCAAACAUCUCUUAUCCUGCCCUACGGCUCUUAAAGGGCUGUCUCCACAUGAAUCCUGCUGAGAGACUGACAUGUGAACAGCUGUUACAGCAUCCGUAUUUUGACAGCAUCAGAGAAAUGGGGGCUUCGGCCAAAGAGCUUGACCGACCGAUAAGGAAGACCCUAAGACAGAGCCGAAAGCACCUGCCUGGGUUGCAGGGCCUACCUCAGCUGACCAGCAGCGGCUUCCUUCCAGCUUUGGAUAAUAAGAAGUACUACUGGAAUAUGAAGAAACUGAACUGCCAAUUUCCAAACAUUUAAGGAGCUUGGAGAUGGAUGAUGAAAAAGGAGUUAAUAAUUUGGAGAAAAUGAAAUGUAUACAUUUGCUUGAAAACAAUCAUGAUGUUGAAAGAACAUCAGGAGAAAACAUAAGUAACAAACGGGGCGGGGGGCGGAGAAGGGGGGAGGCCACCUGGCAGAACAUAAAGGGAAAUUCCAGAGGCAGCCUUCCAGGCUUCACGAUGGUGAUCAGAAUGGAAAGGAAACACUUGUUUGGGUUUUCACUUGCAUUUUUGUUGUAUCUAAGUAGCUAAGCUAAAGGACAGAAAUAAAAACUGUACUUACUACCCCUAUCUCUGGCAAAAUUAGAAAUGUAUUUAUGCUUCUAUUGUACCAUAUGCAACAAGUGAAAAAUGAUUACAAAAUACCCGUAUGUAUUUCAGAGCUUUUGCCUUGAGUCCUAUCCCCUGCCUUUUCAGACUGUCUCAACAUCAUAUUUAGGAAGAGUUUUAGUUCCUGAAAUCAAAAUGUUACAAUUCUAUUUCCUCCUUGCUCUCUCUAGAUUUUCAUAUUUUAAAACAUUUUUAGUAUAUUUAAGUUGUUCAAAAUACUUAAAAUCAUGGAUUAUUGUAACAGCAUGACUUGCAUAUUUAAUGAUGUUUGUAGACAUUUCUUACAUAUACUUUUGUCUUUCCCUUUAGUAAAGGCUGCACCUUAGUCAUUUUUGCAGGCAAGAUGGGUUUACAUAACCCCUCCCCAGGUGACCCAGUUCCCCUUGCAAACCAUGGUGUGAAGUCUGGCAGCUGACCAAGGCUUGAAUCAAGGAGUAGAACAAGACCUACAGGCUUCACGGGAACGGAGCCUAUCAGCCUGAAAGUAAUUAGUUCAUUCUCUCCAGCUCCGCCUCAGACUUGGAGACAGAUCUACAGGCAGGACUAUCUAUAAUGAUCUGGGUUUUGGAAGAAAUAGCUUGUGGGUUUUUACUCAGACCAUGAAAGACAUUAGAUUGUAAACAGAUUGUCCCUGAAAUGCCUUUUGAUACUGUAUGUAUGUAUGUGUGUAUAUAAAUACCUAAACACGUGUGUGUGUACAUAUACUAUGCUAAGAACUGGUAACUACUAAGAAAGGAGUCCAAAAUGAUACUGAGGACUCCUAGCUUUGUCCCAUGAUACUUCAAAGGAUGACAUAUAAUUAGUUUUGACUUGGCCUGCCGCUCCUGUUCCAAACGCUUUCUCAUUCUCGUCCCUGAACACAAGGGCAAGAUGAAGCUCAAGUCCACUGCCAGUUUCAGUUGAUGUUCUGCUGCUUCUUCCUCAGUGGUUCCCAGCCAUGCUCUUUGAAAUUUUAUUUUACUGUCUCUUCAAAACCUUCCUUCUGUGCUUUGGUAACUUCCUUCAUGACAGCAUUUGACUUUAUUCACUUACUGCUAAGUAAACUCACCAAAUUCGGGCGUCUGUUCACUAAUUUUUGCUCCUCCAGCCAGUUGAAUGAUACCCUGAGGCUCCCGGAUGUAUGUAGCUUCUGGCGAAGAGCUGACAGGGGUUAAAUACUAGUCCCAGCAGUAUCUAAUUCUUCUCACGUGGCUUUGAUUCAAAUGACAAGGAAGGACAUCCCACUUCUGUUGACAUUUUCUGUUUUCCUUUUUAACCCAAAACAAUGCACUUGACGAGGCAGAUGACUGGUAACUGCCUAAUUCAUUCAGUAGUUUUAUAGAAAACCAUUCAGAAUACAAAAGUAGUUCUAGACUAAAUUGUAGUGAAUCCAUUGCCUCACCACACAAUAAUCAAACAAAUUUGAGAUGGAAGCGUUCAUUUUUUCUAAUGAGUUCUAUUAAAUGUGUACCAAUGCUUAAUUUAACCACAUCUGUAAUCCUUCGUUCAGCAUGGAUUCACCAUUUCACGAGACUGUUCUACAUCUUAGUCUUUUUUUUUUUAAUUUACUGUGUUCUGAUUUUAUAAUUGACAGUGGCAAUUUUAUUUGUAGAUAGUAUAUCAAUUAUGGCAUGUGCUAUUUACAUAAGCUGGCUUCUAAACACAACUAAAAUUCAUUUUUCUACCCAAAUGCUGCAUCAUACAGUGUUUAUUUUAAAAUUAUUUCUAGUCAAGGUUAUAGUUAAGAGCAUAAUGUUCAAACCAAACAUACAGAAAUCUACAAACAAGUUGGCAUAUAAUUAACAGUAAUAGAACCAGGGCCAUUUCAAGGUCAAAAUAAAGAUCUGUUUUUAUCCAUAUGUGA